AUGUAUGCGGAAAUGUCAAACCGAAAUGAAAAAUUGGAAAUAUGCAUAAGUGAUAUAAUGAAAAUGUAUUUUUAUAAAUAUAAGGAACUGACGUAUAUCGACACGAAUGGUGACAACCAGGAAGUAAUUAAAACUGUAAACUCGAUUGAAUUUAUAUCAGUUAUAUCAAAAACAACGAAAACAAAACUAUCAGUGCCGAAUGAAAGCUACCUUGUGACAGCGGGGAACACGUCCGACUUCAAUAAUACCUUUUCCAAUCUCGUGAGAGAAUCCUCGUGGAAUCCGCAAGCUCGGUAUUUAAUCCUCAUCAAAGAUAUACCGAGAGAAGACCUUAAAGUUAUCUUUGAUGUUUUGUUAAAGUUUCAUAUUAUAAACGUAGUUGUGAUGAACGAAUUUGAUUCCUUAUUAUACAGCUACAAUCCGUUCGAUAACUUCUCGUGUGGUAAUCGCUACGACCGAAUAGAUGAAUUUGGAAAAUGCUCAGAAUCACGUAACAAAAAUUUAUACCCUAACAAACUUGUAACGGGUCUUAAAAAUUGCACUCUAAGAGUUAAAUGCCUGCACUGGCCUCCCUACAGCAUGAAUCCAAUAAACAAUUCCAUAAGUAUGAUUGGAGUCGAGCAAUAUGUACUGUAUGUAUUAGGUAAUUUAGAACAUUUUAAUAUUGAUUAUUUCUACAGUCACGAAGACAGUGAAUUGUUUACAGUGAUUGAUAAAAAUAUGUCAGCAAUUGGUCCGUUAAAUUCCUUGCAAAAUGGAUUAAACGACUUAAUAAUAGGCGGGAUGCUGCUCACACACCCCAGAGCUGUGGUAUUCGACUAUAUAGACGGACACUUAGCUUUCGCUGAAGAUGUUCGAUACCAAGUCAAAAAAGCGACAUCUGUCUCUCCAUGGAAGAAUUUGUACUUGGAGUUUAGUGCAGUAGUAUGGAUCACCCUGUUUUUUUCUUUCAUACUGUACUUCUUAUUUUUUAUCGUCGUAGUUCGCCCAAAAGAUAUAGGCGUGCUGUUCCUGAAGAUGUUGGCCUCUAUGUUUCUCGUUAGUAGCAUAAUUAAGGGACGCUGUUUUACAAGGUACCUGUUCAUCGCGUGGGUUUGGUUCGCUUAUCUCGUCAAUUCGUAUUACCAAUCGAGCCUAGUAAGUUUGGUGACGGAUCCCAUCAUGACCUACCAAAUAUCUGACGAGAUGGACAUUAUAAAAAAUCACCUUAAACCUUGUAUCAGUCAAGUCAUGAGGACGUUCACGUUGUCGGUAGAGAAUAGCACGUUUGAGCAAUAUCAAAACAAGGACUGCGAUAGAUUGUUAAAAAGUAUACAUACCGUCAGCCAAGACAAUGAUAAGUAUACAGUUACCCUACAUUCAAUAUAUACGUACAAUAAGCACAGUUUCUACGACGAAACUGGGAAUCCAAUGAUCUAUACGUUUGAUCGUCCGCUUAGUAAAAUCAUUUAUGCGAUUUACACGUACAAAGGAUUUCCUUUGCUCGAUAAGUUACGUACGCAUACCCUACGAUUGAGGGAGAACGGCCUCGUCCAAAGUUAUCUGCGACAUUUGUAUUGGAAGAACAAUUUAAGCGGCACCGACCCGGACGGAGCACCCGAUCCCAACGGCACAUGUAUAAUUAAAAUCACACUCCACAAAAGUCGAUAA